CCUGUUUGGAUGGCUGGGCUGGAUGCAAUGAACUGUCAACACUGAUGGAAUCGCCGCGUCCCAUUUAUACAAUGAAACGAUAAUGCGGCCAACAGACGACAAAGAGGUCCGAGAGAGAGAUGGAGCUAGUCAGGGCAAAAAGCGCGCGGACUUGAAUGAAUUGCAUAGGAAACCGAGGAUUCUUAGAGAUUUAAAGGUUAUUCAGGCAACUGGAACGAGAUAAAAUCCUGGAAACCCGCAAUGAAUUCGCGUUAAGGCGGCUACAGACAUGUGAAAUGUGGCAUUAUUUGCGAACUGUUUGUCCAAAUAUUUGCAAAGUACCAAGCAUACAUCUACAUACAUGUGUUGAUGUGCCAAGUUUCAAGCAAAAUUCGGAAACGUCAAAUUUUGUUGUUUGCUGUUUGUUUGCAAAUAUGGAUAUAGAAACCGCAGCUGCAGCUUUUCUUGUUAUAAGUAGUGCCUAUUUGUUACUAAAGAAGAAAAAGAAAAGAAAGUCAAGAAGAUGGUGGACGGUGUCACUUAUCAGAAGCAGAGAAAGAUACAGUGGCAACAAUUUGUUGGCAGAUCUGUUAAAAGAACCUUCUGGUUUCUUUGAAAACUUUUGUAGGAUGUCUUCUGAGGAUUUUAAAAUUUUACUUAAUAUGGUAGAGUCGUAUAUUGUAAAGAAAAACACAAAAUGGAGAAAAGCCAUUCCAGCAAAUGAACGUCUGGCCAUAACAUUGCGAUUUCUAGCCACCGGUGACAGCUUUAAGAGCCUUUGCUAUCUUUUCAAAGUUUCAUCCCAGUUGAUAUUAAGCAUUGUUCCUGAAGUUUGCAUGGCAAUAAUAAAAGUAUUGGGAGGUACAAUAAAGAUGCCUACAUCCCAAGAAGGGUGGAGAAGUAUAUCAAACGACUUUGAGAGAUUGUGGAAUUUUCCCUCAUUGUGUGGGCGCCUUAGACGGAAAGCACAUAACUAUACUGUCUCCUAUUAACAGCGGAUCCGAAUAUUACAAUUAUAAGAAUUAUUUUAGUGUCGUACUAAUGGUUUUGGUAGAUGCAAAUUACUGCUUCAUAUAUGGAGAUUGUGGUUGCCAAGGCAGGCUUAGCGAUGGAGCAGUAUUUCGGAGUACUCAGUUGUUUACCAAAAUGGAAGGUAAUAGGUUAAAUUGGCCUUUGGAUGAAUUCUUUAAUGCACGUGUAUGCUGAAGCCGUUCCUGGGCGAGACGUGUAGUAGAGAAUGUUUUUGGAGUAAUGUCCUUUGUAUUUCGAGUCCUACCAAUGCUACUUGAGGCAAAAAAGCGACAAUUAUUACUAUGGCUUGUGUCGUGCUGCAUAAUUUUUUGAGAAACAGUAUAACUUCACGGUCACAAUAUUCACCUCCGGGAAUGUUUGAUGCUGGAGAAGAAGUAAAUAUCGAACCAGGUUUCUGGCGUCGUGAUCAAGAUGACAUAGCAUCACUGUUACCUUUUAAGAAGGUGCCAAGAAAAGCAAGUAUGGAGGCAAAAAUUAUUCGGGUUGAAUUUGCUGAAUAUUUCAUGGGAGAAGGUCGGAUUGAUUGGCAAAACAAUUAUUGUUAAAUCUUGAAAUUUGUACACAGUGUCAGGCAUAAGUAGCGCUUAUUUGAAAAACCGUAGGAAAUAAAAAAUAAAUAAACGGUUCUACUA